CUAGACGGUUCACAAUCCAUAGCCCAGCCCAUCUCCAAACCCCACCAAACUUAGCACAUAAGGACUCUUCAGACUCCAAAAGUCUUCGAAAAAUCAGGGAAAAUGGCGUCUUCAGACCCUUCCAGGCCCGUAACCGGCUACCCUGUUGUCCCAAACGGCAUCCAGAACCCUGCCCUACCGGCAGGCUCUGCCUAUGCUUCCCAAGCCCCACCACCACAUCAACCCACUUACCCUUACACCUACAACACCAACGAAACUUACCCUAACCAACGCGCCAUCUUCCUCCGCCGCGUAAUUAUCGCUCUAAUCAUCUUCACAGGCAUCUUUUUCACCAUUCUCUUCAUUUGCUGGCUAGUCAUCCGACCCCACUUCCCUGAAUUUCGCGUCACCUCUCUCUCUAUCUCCAACUUUAAUGUCUCCACAUCGUCCUCCAGUGUGACUGGUACCUGGAACGCCAGGUUUCAGGUUUCUAAUCCGAACAAGAAGAUGAAAAUCUCAUACAAUGAGAUACAGACUUCGAUCUUUUAUAAAUCGGAGUUCUUGUCCCGGACGAGGGUUCCCCCGUUCAGACAGGGCAAAAAGAAUGUCACUAAUAUCGAUGUGGAAUAUGGGGCGACGAGUUCUUAUAUCGGCGAGCGGUCGGUGAGUCAGAUUAAUUCUGAUGAAGGGCGUGGAUUGGUGAGUUUUAAUUUGAGGAUUGUUGCUGAUGCGGGGUUUAAGGUUGAAGGGUUUUGGGCAAGAAGAAGGUUGCUUAGGGUUUAUUGUAAUGAUGUUGCAGUUGGGAUUUCAAGGAAUGGUCGAUCUGGGAACUUGACUGGUGGUGCCACGCGAUGUAGUGUUUAUGCCUGAGUGGAGAACUUUACUGAUUGGGAGUAAGACGAAGCAGAAGACAAAGUUUCUUAAUGUAAUUUGUUUUGGUUUUUAACUGAGGACUGAUAUUCCGGAUUCCGAAAAUGGAGUUGGCGGGGGUAAAUUGAUUUAGGUAUUUGUGGAUCAUGUAGAGUGCUUUGGGAAAAAUAAUGCUGAUUUCAUUCAAGAAUUUGAUUGCCUGAAAUUGUGGGUAAUCUUAUUUUUCAGAUUGGUUUCUUAUAUUGCUGUGAAAUUGAGAAGUUAAUAGAGGAAGUAAAGGAAUCUUGAAAGUAUAUGGAUUGUAAUGGUGAUGUUAUUGCUGUUUGUGUCUUUGUUUGGUA